AUUUCAGAUCGGUCACGUGACUACCGACCCUUAAACAAAAAAAUUGAAAAUGGCGGCGAUUGUUUGGCGAUAGCGGAUUGAGACAAGUAAGAUUCUUGCAUCGGUUUUCGGGCAUCGUUAUGUCCAAGAAAGGGAGCGAACCCAAAAGCGUAAAUGUCGCCGUUGUUGGUUUGUCUGGAUUAGACAGAGAUCAAGCUUUUUAUGGCGUUGGAAAGUCGUGUUUGUGUAAUCGGUUUGUGCGGCCGUUGGCCGACGAAUACAUUACUGAACACUCCUCGGUGUUCAGUUCUUCUGAUUUUGGUGGCAGGGUAUUGAAUAACGAUCACUUCUUGUACUGGGGUUCUGCUUCAAAGACAGCAGAAGACGGGAGUGAAUUUCGAAUUCAUGUGUUAGAGCAGACUGAAUUUAUCGACGAUGCAACACUCAUGCCUUUAUCUCGAGGUGGACUUGCACCGUAUCAAAAGCGAUGUGCGAUUUCAAAACUUUCGUCUGCAGAAAAACUGAUGUAUAUUAGCCGAGAUCAAGUAGCUUUGCAGAAUGACUACGAGCAAGUCUGUUUACCUGGCGGAAAGGUAACUGUCGAUGGAUUCAUCGUAGUUUAUGAUGCCGAAGCGACUCAAUCCAAACGGCUUGAAGAGCAACAAGAGAGACUGCUGUCUUUGAUUCUCACAUACGUACAGAAGAGCAAGAAACCAUUCGUUCUUGUGGCUACGAAAUGUGACGAUACACAGCUUAACCUAUUGCAGGAGGUACAUCGUUUCGCUCAGUCGAAAAAGUUGAACGUUCCUAUCAUCGAGACCUCUUCUCACGAGAACGUAAAUGUUGACCUCGCGUUUAUAGUUUUGGCCCAACUCGUCGAGCGGGGAAGGGUUCGUUCAAAAAUAAUUCCUUUUACUGAAGCUCAGAAAACGCAGAGAGACAUUUUAGGCAAAGCUGUACAGGACUUUCAAAGGCUCAUAGAUAGGACAGUGACUGACUUUCGUGUGAUCUGGAAAAACACGAAAAAACUGAUCGAGAAUGAAAGGGAAUUUCAAAUUCACCGCGAUCUAUGCGGGCUCGAAGCGUGCAAGAGACUCUUCAAUAAGCACAUAAGAAAACUGAGGAAAGAGUUCGAAGAAAGAAAGUUGAAUGGCUACUUGUCUAGGCUUCCUAGCGCUCUGGAAGAGCUUAUGCCGAGUGCUUCGUCGAUGGAUCUUUGUCAGUGGAACUGGCAAAAUUGUCAAAAGGCAAUUCGGAACCACAAAGAGUUUGUAAAAUGGAUGAUCAUUCUGCCCGAAGACACUGCUUGGAAUGAAAGCGAUCACUUGCUUACCGACGAUCUACGUGUACCUUUUGAUAUUCUCGCUUUGCCGCAAGCAGAAACGGUGUUUCAGAAUCAUGUAGUAAAGUUAAAAGCUGAGGAAAAACGCAUACGAAUGAUGAAUGAGUUCAGAAAACUUUUGGAGCUAACUCCUAAGAUUAGGCCCGGUACGAUAUGGGUCGAGGCAGCCGUGCUGCUUCAAAACGAGGAAAGUUUUCAGUACCUAAACGACGCGGACAAAACAACAAUUUUCGACACCUAUCGUCGUGACAUAACCGAGAAAGCUAAAGCCGAUUUUCAGGAGUUGUUGUUUGAAUCAGCGGGGUUGUUUUCAAAACUGGAACCUAAUACGCGCCCUUCUAUCUCUCAGGAAGACAUGCGCUUGAUCAAAGACGCCCUGAGCGAAGACGAUCGCUACAAACGGCUCGACAAGCUCGAUAGCGAUCGGGAAAUCGGCUUGAUAAAUCACAUUGCUCUGUUGUACAGCCCAACACGAUGUCUGAGUGGUGCGGAGAGGUGUCGAGAUCGUCUCAUGCAGGAGAUAGUCGCCACGACCACAUACAGGUAAUCUACCAUAUGACAUCUUAUUUAACUUACAACCCAUACAAUUUUCAGUGACCUUAUUAGCUCAUAAUCAAUUUUUCACUCAGUAGAAAUAACAAAUGAACGUAAAAUCGUUCACUAGAUGUUUUAUAAGCUUAACGCGACCAAAACUUUGUGUUUUAAUGAUAAUCGAGUCGCCUCCUUCACCAUACUGUAUUCCUAUUAUUUUAUGCAAGUUCAACGUUCUCAACAUGAUUGAAAUUUUCCGUAAGUACACAGAAAUGUCCAGUUCUUUACUUUAUUUGCCGGUUCUAGUUUCAAAAUAUUUGCACAUGUUUUGGCUGUGGCUGUUACAUUCCAGUGAAAGAAAGAAAUGUAAUAAUUACAUUUCUUUGUUUUAAAUUCUUUUUUUAACACACUUCUGUAGGAGUCAAAGCGAUGUUUUGGAAAUCUAAAAUGAUAUGUACAUAUUUCUUCUUAGUCAAGAUUUUUCAUGCGGAACAUCUGUCUUUAUAUGACAAGAUAGCAGCUGUUCAGUUGAUUCCUUUAACCUCUGUUGUACUCUUUUGGAUAAAAAAUGUUUAUCAUGUACUUUUGAAAAUUUCUGUUUUCCUUGGGGAUUUAAUUUUUAAGAGGAUUUUUACCUGUUAAAGACAUAUGCUUCGGUCUCAGACAGUUAAUUUUAAUUAUAAGUGACAGAGUUUCGAGCCAAAAAUUGAAUAAUUGCUGUGUGAUUUUCUUUUUUUCUCAUCAACAGUGUACUUUUUUUUUUGCUACUCAAACAUAUUCUUACUUUUUUAAUUAGUAGUAUUUGUAGACCUUGAAAGUAGAAUGGUUAAAAAUUUCUUAUUAGUUGCCAAAAGUAUGGAUAUCGAAAUAUUAUUGUUCUCACUCAUUUCAGUUCAUUAAAAGCUGUCCAGUCUAUAGUGUUAAAAGUUUGUAUUAUUUACGACAAUUUAGGGGAGUUAUUGUCAUGCUUUGUCAGUGAUAAGUGAGCAGAAGGCAAAUUUUGAAUUAACUCAUAAAUAAGAAUUAGAUUCUACACCUGACCAUUACUUUGAACAAAAGUGAACUGCAUGAAAAGUGGUUUAUGCCGCUUGUUGUUCCUCAGGGUGAAAGUAGAAUUUUGACCAGUUGGGUGUUUUUUUUUUUUUCAAAAAUUCAGCUUCUGGAUAUUUUUAGUUAUGAACUCAAUUUCUUAGCGGAAAAGUGGGCGCUCUUAUAAUAUUGGACACCUUUGAAAAACUGAAAAUAUUAUUGUCUAAAUUAGGGCUUUCCUCUUUUGGGAAUGGUGCUAUUAACUGGCUUUAUCAAGGGGGCAGAAAGCAGCACUGUUUGCUUAAGAGAACUUCAAUGACUGUAUGUAGAAGGAUAAUAUUUUCAAUAAUAUUGUAACUCAUUUUAAUUAAUGUGUUUAGAUUGAUCCAUUGAAAACAAUAUAUGAAUAACAGUGACAAAUUAUUUUCUGCCAAAAUUUUAAGGAUCACAGUACUUUUAACACCCUUCAGCCCUGUGACGUCAGCUCUUGCCUUAACAGAGACCUUUCUGUUAUGGAAAACAAGUAAUUCCAUGUGCAACGGAAUGUUGACUUAAUUAAUCUCUGUAUAACAAAGUCCUUGGUAAAACAAAUGAUAUUCUUCACCCUAGGAUCUAAAAUGUAUGGAAAAAAAAAACAAUACAAUGAAACCUUUUUAUAGCGAGCAUAUUUUGCGAGUCCCUUGGUCCUUUAUUAUAUUGAGGUUCUACUGAACGGCAACUAAAUUCUAUGUUACUCGCAUUUGACUGAAAAAAAACUCCCAUAAUACUAUGGUAAAACAGGGAACAAAGGUGUCCAACUUUUUUUGCAACAUUGCUGCUAGACAAGCGAUGUUGCACAUUUUACCACUCACAAAACAAACCCGUAAGGUUGUGCCUAAAGUAGGGUUCCCCAAGUCUUGAAAAGUCCUUGAAAGUCGAAUGUGGUCCUUAAAAAGUCCUUGAAUUCCGUUUUUCCUUGAAAAGUCCUCAAAUUUCUGUGCUAGUCCUUGAAAAGUCCUCGAGUUGUCCUCAACUUUGAAUGUAGUGGCCUGGAAAGUGUUUUUUAAUGCUUUUUGGCUGUUAGCCUCGACUGGGAAUGUGCAUUUAUGUACAAAUCUGUGACUUAUAUUCACGGUAGGUAGUCCUUGUAAAUCAAAUUUGCUCCAUGAAAAGUCCAUAAGAAAUGGUAGCAAUUUUUUGUAUGAACCCUGUAAAGUAGAGAGUAGCUCAACUCUCUACAUUAAAAUAUGUUCACGUACUAUGUAGAUAAAGCACAUUUUACUGGCCCAAGGCAAACUUCUUUUGCAACAAGUGGCAUAACUCCCAUGUUUAGUGUGACUCUGUGUAAUUUUAUCCAAUCAGAAGUCAGUAUUCAUGCAACUUGUAACAACCUGAUUUGUUGCAAGACAGGUUAAUAAAACACACAGCAUUGAUUUUUAGCUAGUUUUGCAGCAAUAUUGCUGAACAAGUUGCACGUUUUUUAUGCCUUUUUUAUCAUAGCUUAACUAUGGACUCAUGCUAUUGCAGACUCACAGAUAAAUUUGUUUUCCAUCACAUUUCAUUGUCCCAACUCUUGUUAUAGUGUAACAUGGUGUCUUGGAUGAGAGAGUAACAGUUUCCUCUUCGCAUUAUAUAUUUAACAAUGAGCUUCAAUGUCAGCAUAUAAACUGCAGAGGCCAACAGGCUGCCGAGUCCCAUUUAUGCGGAAUAAUGUUUCUUUUUAGAAAGGACAUGAUUUAUGUCCAAACACAUCACCAUUUAAAUGACAAAUCAGAAAAGUGCCAGAUUUACAUUUACAUUAUGUUGACAAAUGCAUUUCUUUAUUACAUGUGUAGAAUGUUAAUCCUCAGGUACAAAAUGAUAUAAUUACUCUGGUUUUUCGAGCUGUCUGGUCCUCGUGUCUAACUGCUGGGAGAAUUUGGCCAAACAUUGUCUGAUAAUGCACUGUUAUUUGCAGCUCCAUUUAGACACUCACCCAAACUAUGACGUGUGAACAGAACAGCGAGUGUCAUCUUUGAACAAAUAUGUCACUUAAAAGAUCUUUUUUUCCCUUGAUCACCAUUUAUUUUUUCUCCUUUGGUUAGAUUUACAUUUUCUUUUGUCAGGUUUCAAUCAAAAUUCUUCCUUUCAAAGUAGUGGCUGCGUGUACAUGAAGUGGCUUAGUACAUGUGAUGUCAUGAAGUUAAUGUAUCCUGACUGAUUAUAUUCUUAAAACUUAUGACCUCUUGUUUAUUGUGUAUUAAAAAAGGAAGAAAUUUGAUGCUGAUCAUUGUUUAGGAUUUGAAUUGAAGAUAAACUGUCUUGGAUUUAUCUUUUACAGACCUCAUUUUAUGGAUAGCAGUGAAACACUUGACAGUGAUGACAGCCAAAUAAAUUUGGUGAUUUUGGGAAGUGCUGGCUUUGCUCAAGCAAUGGAGAGUGAAAUUAGGGUGCGUAUUAUGAGCAUUAGGUACAUGUAAAUUCAAAGAAUAUGUGUAAAAACCAAGACGUAUGUUUAAAACAUCAUCAGUGAAAAGUCUGAAGGUUUGUCACAAAACAAGGUCACCUUUAGCCUUGCUUCUGUUCAAAGCCCAGGGUGUUAAGCACACAAUAGACCAUUUUACAGUUGUAAACUUUGUACCCUAGCCUUCCAGUGAAUGUGAGGCUGACGGUGACCUUGUUUUGAUACAAACCUCCUUUGCUUUGUUAUGGAAAUUGUCACUGAAAAGUACAAGUUAGAAUAAUAAUAACUUGAUUUACAUAAUAGAGCAGAAAGGUUUGUACCAAAACAAGGUCACCGUCAGGCUCACUUCCAUCCAUAACUGUAAAAUGUCCUUUUAUAAUGGCCCAUAUUAGUGCUGAAAAAAAUAAUAGCAUUUGAAUGCCUGAAUCUCACAAGUACACAAUAGUACACAAUAGUACUCAAAAAUAAAAUCUAAUUGACAUGUGUAGUCAGUUUGGUAAUUGACAUGUCUGUAAAAAUGUUGCAGACCCAGUGUUCCUAUGGAGACACCGAUGGUUUGGAGUUUGCUCUUGAUGGGCGCAUGUAUGAACUGGAUUAUCAGAUUGUUGAUGGUGAUGUUGAUCUGCCAGAAUAUGCCUUUCAAGGGACUGACAUGACUUCACAAGGUACAGAGCAGAACACAGUUAAGGGAACCACACAGUCAGUCACAAUUCAGAUGCAUGUUUGCUUCUUGUCAGAUGCAUCUAGCAUCAGCACUGACGUGUAUUUGCGUCAGCUAGGACCCAUCAGACAGGAAAAGAUUUUUUCUUUUAUUAUUUACUAUGACAACUUUCCUUUGUGAGACAAUGCUAUAAAAGACAAAACAAAUUCUCAGGUUUGAAGAAGCUCAAAAUUUUCUUUUUGUAACCCAACAAGUUCAAAUUUCACCAGUGUGCUUGAAAUUUACUUGUCAAUGUUAUUAUUUUAUCAAGCUCAAAAUAUUAUCUUAUUCUGAUAUUGCUUGACAAUGUUCUCUUUGAAGACACAAGUACAUGUAAUGGUGAAGUUCCCUUAAUUAUGUCAUACUAUUUGCUAUCUUUUAAAGAGACAUGACAUGUCUUCUUGUCUCCAAAAACUCCAAACAUAAUGGCCCAGCUUUGUUAUUUGAGACUAUGUGCAUAUUUAAGCACAGAAGCUCUUUCCUGUUGUCUGUGGUUACGGAUGGACAUGGAUUUGAACAUGAAAAAAGCUUUAAUGCGCUACCUCAAAAAAUAGAUUAAAAAUUAUUGUGGUUAGUGCUCCCUGAUGAAAUUGUGUGAUACCCUCUUCAUGACUGUACAGGAGCAUUUUGUUUAUGGGUACAUGUAACAAACAGCACUAAGUAAUGACAUUAGCACGGAAUUGACCUAAAACAUCAAUAGAUGUUCUUGCAACAUACAGUCAGACCUGUAUUAAGGGUUCACGCUUUGCGAAUUUCUUACUGGCAGCUUAGUAGAGUUUACAGCUCAACCCAUUCAAAUUUGUUUUGCCCGUAAUUAAGGGCGGAUCCAGGAUAUCCUACCCUUUUGUGCGUCAUGAGUUUUAACGGUCAAGGACAACUGUUUAAUAGUGGUUGUGCAGAGUGAAGAGAUCUUUCAAACCAUACCAGAAUGAGCACAAUUCAGUCAAGGACACCGGAGAAAGAAGCAAAAACCACGUGACAAGGACCUGAAAAUCUCCAUGAAAAUCUUGUUCCAUUACCCACCUACCUUUCCUUUCACCUAAUCCUAAGAUCCUAAAAGCUUUCCUAAAAAACUCUUCCCACCAAAAUGAAGCCUACUAAAUGCCCAGCAAGAAAAAAAAAAAAGGCAAGAAAAAGCGAAAAAAGAAGGGAGGAGAGAAAGUGAAAAGUAAAAGUCAAGACUGCUGUGUCACUUUUAAACCCAAAAACUAUGUCGAAAUUUGGCUGUUCAUGAUGCCGAAUAAAGCUGAUAUUUUGCAUCUGGAUCAGAAGGCUGCCAAGUGUACAACCUGUAAACCGGUUUGUGGUAAGUUUUAGCUCUUUAUAGCACGACAGUGACCAGAACACCACUCGACUAGCUUCAAAACGCGUUUUUGGGCAAAAUCUCCAGGAGCGAAUGGGUUAAUGCAAAUCGUUUUACUAUAGUUAGGGAAAAUUAAUGAUAUCCAGGACUUUGGUGAGUGACUGCCUAGUAGAGGAUGGCUGUUUAAUAGUGGUUCACUUGAUACAGGUUUGAUUGUAGCUCCUUUAAGCAGACACCCAUAAGAAGCAGACAACAUGUCUUCAACUGAAGCUGGCUGCUUAUGAGUACAUGUCUGACUGUUAAGAGAGCUUCAAAAGACUGUAAAAAGCUCAUGUAAUAUGUACAGUUUGUAAACUGUGCCCUUGACUUUGAAUUGUGUCUUAUAAGAAAGUUAUUAAAAUGAAAAAAAAAAACGUCAACUUAAUCUAAAAUUCGAACCACAGGAUAAUUUUAAUGGUACCAUUUUGAUGUUCAUACAGUGGGUUGCUUCUGUGUUUAUGGAUCUCUGGAGUCAUUGGAUUUUGUUCGAGAUUGUUUGGAUGAGUUGAGCGUCAAAUCAAAGUAUGACAGUGUUGAUGAGUCAAACCCCAUUCUGAUACUCCCUCCAACGUUCAUCAUCCUGGCCAGAAGUCCAAAUAAUGAAGGUAUUAUUCAUCACCUGAGAAAAGAAGGACAGGAAUUGUGUUCCAGGUAUGGGUGGCCAGUAUUGCUAAGAUUUUUACCAUACAGCAUUCGACCUAAGUUCUGUUUUUUGUUUAGUUGUUUUAGUGGUGUUAUUUGCUGUGAGUAAAGUAGUACUUUUGCAGCCUUAUGUGGAGAAACUCUUGGUUAACACUACUCCUGAAAUGUAUUAAAACUCUGUGGAAUUUAAUAUUACAGAUGACUAAGAUUUCCUUGAAAAUAUUAUUACAAUGUAUAUAAUUAUCUGUAUAUACCGGUAUUUUUGUUUCUUUCUACUUACUGGAAACUUCAUAAAUUCCACAAUAAUCUUUUACUGGAGAAGCUUAGCAGAGGAUGGGUUGGAAGAAUACAUAUAGGGACUUGCUGCUAUACAUACCAUAUAUCUAGGAAAGGCCUUCUCAUAUUAUUAUGUGGUAGAUAAAUUUACACAAUUGACCUAAAUCACAUCAAAUCACAUAGGGGUAGUCCAAAAGGUAUCUCAUCACUAAUUAAAAAAUAACAGGCAUGAAUGCCAGUCUAAAGUUACUGUAGUAUGCUUUGGAAACAAUGUAGAGCCCCUUCUCCUGAAUCUAAUGACAGAAAGACUACCCUGGAGAAAUCGCAUAUUGCCUGAUCAAAAGGUCUGCUUAAUAAACCCUUUGUUACUUAAUCCAUGAAACAGGCUGUCAUGAAGAGCCAGAGGGCGGGGAUUUCCCCUGGUAAUGAUGAGCCUGGCUCCUGGCUACUUUCGUAGAAAAAUAAAACCAAAAGAAAUCCUUAGCUGUUUGAUUCCCUGCCUAAUUGUUGUAUUUACCCGGCAACUUGAAAUCUUACUGACAUCCCUGUUGAAGCCGCAACAUUCACAUACAGAUUCUACAGGUUAAUCUCUGUACACUUCCUUAAAGACUUUUUUUGGAGAAUUUGAUAAAAUAUCACAAUAAUUAUUUUCCUUUGGGAGUCAUCUUAUUGCUUCUCAUAACCUUUUCCCAUGAUAAAUGUAUCAAUAUUGUUAGGAGAAAACUUGUUUUAUUCUUUUGUAUGUAAUUACCGGUAAUAUUACACCGUUAUCAUGACUGUAGGUACAAUGCAACCUUCAUCGACAUCCCAGUAGCGCGCUUUUCUGCUGGGAAGAUGAUUCAUGAAACUCAAGUGGUGGAUGCCAUGAGGGGACUGUUAGAGAACUUGAAGCAACAGGCCAGAGCAAACAUGUCAACAGAGGAUUUAAAGGACAGUGAUCCAGACUUGAAGUAAGAAAACUUGUUGACUACAAAAAAAAUAUUAGGGGAGCUGUAAUAGCCUUUCAGCUUAAAUUCAACUUAAGAAAAUGGCUAGACCAAAUUGUGUGAAACGUAAUACAAAUAACUUAAAAUAUUGACUAGAAAAAAACAUUGAUUUUCUGUGCAGUGAAGCUGUGAAGUGGGUAUUUCUUUGCCAACAUUAAGUUUUAUAGUAAGUACAUGACUUGGCUGUAAUUGCUGUGACACGUUCCCUUUAAUGAUUACAAAUGGCAGUUCUUAAGCCAAGUGUAAUCAUGAAAUGGUGAUGGUCAUAGUCUGACAACAAAUUGGUUGCCAGUGCGCCCAAAGAAUAUAUUAACUUUUCAACCAAGGGUCAGAUAAAAAAAAAAACUUUUUGCCCAUCCAAGCUUACAAUGUACACAUAUGUGCAUGUAGCUACUCUGUACAUUGCUUGCUUUAGCAAGCUCAAACAAGAGUUUGUUACUGCUAGUCACUGAUCUGUUUGUUUCUUGUAACCCGAAUGACGGUCCUCCUCAGCUGUUUUCUCUUUGUUUUAUUUUAGGAUCAUGUUAUGUGCAAUGUGCGGUGAUCCUUACCCAGUUGAAUUGAUCCUUGGUCCUCUGCUUCAUCAUCAAAACUGUUGGCGAAGUUCAACUAGGCCAGACACCAUCAUCUUGGAAACAUACCUUGGCUUUGAUAAGAGAAGGGUUCAGAUCACACUAACCUCGUAUCACCGUAAGUAGCAGGAGUUAGAAGGGAGAUCUCUUAACCCUUUAAGUCCCAAUAGUGACCAACAGCAAUUUUCUCCUAACGACAUCCAUACAUUAUCAUGAGAUGAGGUCAUGAGUAUUAAUUAAAUGAUCACCUAAGAGAAAAUACUUUGAUCUUUUAUCAAAUUCUCUCAACUCAUUCUUUAAGGAAAUGUAUAGAGAUCAGUUUGGAGAAUUUGUAUACAGGUGGAUAUUGGGUCUUAAAGGGUUAAAUUCUCUAUGAUGUGCUGUUUGCUUUUAACGAAAAUUAUGAAUGGUAUGCAUUAAUUUGGGCAUUCUGCAUUGUCAAUGUUUAACUUUCAGGGUCUGUUAGUAUUUUUUACUUGUCAUAUUCCACAGUUUAGACUUGUGACCUGUUCAACUACCUUGUCUUUAGAGUCUUGUAAUCUAUUACUCUUUUAUCCCCGGUAUGUACAUGUGUAAGUGACUACUCAAAUGCAAAGAGUUAGUGGUCACUUAUGAGAGUCAAACUGCUGCAGAAGGUCUCCAGGCUUCUCUACUUUAGUUUUAAAGGGUAGCGUAGUACACACAGCGAACACAAAGACCAGACCAUUGUAUCUGGUGGUUGUUUAGAAGAGCUUAAAAACAAUGGAAAAUUGUGAAACCAUCAUCCUAAAAAGUGGCCGUGGUCGUUUACCAGAGGAUCCAAUGAUUAAGCCUUGACUGGGAAAAGCUUGGUGUUUAGGAUGGUUGGUUGUUUAUAGGAAGUGGUUGCUUAGGAGAUUUGUGGUAGCGAAUGGAGCUUCAACUGAAAUUAAAAUGGAUUGUUGAAUAGAAUAGAGGACUGACCCAUUGUCAACUUUUUUAGGAGCAUACAGUCUUAAUUACCAAAUGUACCAUGGCUACAUCCUGGUGUACUCAGCAAUACGGAAAGCAUCACUUGGAACACUCAGGUAAUCCCCCCUCCCCCCGUCCCCCUUCUCCAUUCCUAAUGUACCACAGCAUUUGUAAUCCACCGCCAUGAGCUGAGAUAACUGCCAAAAUUUUCAGGAACGCUGAAGCCCGGGGGUACUGCCAUAUAUGGGCUAUAUAGGUAUGUGCCGCUUUGAAGGGUAUGGUUUUCAAGCAGUUUACUCUAGGAUAGGGUAUAUAAAUCAGAGCGUUUGGGUCUAGAAUAGGGUAUCAUUUUUCAGGAAACUAAUCAGGUGGUUGAAGAUUUUAUCUAGACUAGGUAAACAGCUACUCUGGAAUAGGGGGAUUUGGGGAGUUUACUCUAGUAUAGGGUAGCAAAAUUCAGCUGAACUACCUCUAGUAUAGGUUAAGGGUUCCAGGGUCCCAGCGGCACAUCCCCACCCAGAAAUUCCUAAAGUACCCCCCCGGGGGCUGAAGUCAUCCUUAAUACAAAUUUCUUAGGGAUUCAUAAUUGCUGGACUGUGAAGGUGGAAGAUUUUCCUCUUUUUUUUCUCAUUCUUCACGGAGACUACAAAUUAAUGCAGUUUUCGUUCGGGUCAUUGAAAACCUGGAAGGUCAUAAAAUGUAAGAAUUAAUUCUCCAGACCUGGGAAGUCAUGGAAUUUACUUGUUGGUCCUGGAAAGUCAGGGAAAAUGUUAGUUAUGUUUUGUAGGUUAGUUGCUGCAGAUGUCAAAGCAAGGACAAUGUGAGAUAGAGACGAGUUAUUAAACAGCGCAAGCAGCACGCAUUUUGCUGGACGCCAGAGUUCGUUUCUUUUCAACUGAGUUAGGUCAAAGAAUACCCUGAAACUAGGAAGGUUUUGAAAAUUUCCGAAAGUGACAGCUAAACCUAAGGUCACGGAAAACUUGAAAAGGUCUUUGAAAAAGUUAUGGAAAGUCAUGGAAUUUUAAGAGUACGAACCCUUUAAUUAUACUUGGUUCUGUAGAUAUGUAACUAUCGAAGCCGCUCAUCAGAAUGUUUCUUUGCUUGUGUGACUGAUUUUUUUGUCAAAUUUUGAUUUUUUUUCUUACAGUGGCUUCUCAAGGUUCAUUCCUCAAGUACCUAUACAGGUGCUAGCUGUAACAGGGAGCGCGUCUGGAGCCAGUGUUGUGUUCCACAGUCAUGUGGCGGCUAGCUUAUUGGCUGACGGCACCAAUCUUGCCAGUAAACUCUUUGCCAAAUUUCAAACAACUUCUUCUCAAUUCCAGCAUCAGGGUAUCUUUUUUCUUUCCUUUCUAUUUUGUACAUGUUUGCUGAGUUGCAUCAAAAUUCUAAGAUAGGGCGUUGUAAAAAAGUGCUAUCCUUGUGACCAUAAUUAUGCGUGUUUGACCAAGUUUGUUUGUUAAAACUUGAUCAGUGAACUAGGACUUAUAUGGCCAAAAAAGUACUCUUUUGUUGCCAGAAAGAGUGAUCGUUCCUGAUCGGGCAAGGUAACCCCAUCCCGCGCGCUCGGGUAGCCAAUUAGAACAAAGAGUAAACUUCAUCUUGGCCUUCGCGGAACCAGCCUCAUGUUCAGAUAUAUGUUGUAGUUAAUUUUUUGUGUCAGGUAAUUUUUGUUUUUCUUUUUUAGGGGGUAUGGUAUUGUAUGCUAAUGAAGUUGAAACAAAAGAAAAACAAAAAUUACCUGAGAUAACAAAAUUAACAUUAUUAACAUUGACAUUAUAUAAUACACACUUACAUCUGCCCAAAAAAGCCCGUAAAAGUUAAGUUUUUCACAAACGCGUGCUUUAAUCUCAAGGAUAUUCGUAAAUUUUUAUAUAUGUUUACUUUUUUGCUGUAGUUGGUGCGUUUGCUGCGUUCUUCAAUCAAGUCUGGGAGAAGAAAAGAGACAGCGAGUUGGCGUAUCAAAAGUUUAUUAACGAGCAACAACUUCGGCAGUCGCAGAAACAGCUGCAAAAUUCCAUUCGCCGCAAGCACGACCCUCUGCCGGAACCCCCUAGCAAGAAACCCGUGAACGUCGAAGACGAGAUUAACAGAAGACGAAGCCUCAGUGAGAGACAGACAGGGUCGCCAAAACUGUUUCAGCGAAUGUCUGAAGGAACGUUGGACGAAUCGGAAAUCAACCCGUAUGCUGUGUAUCAGAGGGGGAACCAGAUCCCAGCUUACAGUUCCAUAGAAGACGUAAAGAGCACAAGCCAGGCGAGAGACUCGAGCGGCAGUGACGAGUUAAAGCCUUACGCUACAUCGACGCCCACCGCGCUUUUCCUCAGUUUGCAAAGGGGUGGUGGUAUAACCAGCGGUACACCGCAAAAUAAUGAAGUUUGGCAGAAGAGAGAAAACAAGACAGAAGAGCUUUACGCUCAGGUCGAUCUUUCCCGGAAGCGCUCGUUCCGGAAGUCGAAAGAACUAACCACGAUGAACGACAGCGAGGUGAACUUGAUCGAAAACUCGCUCUACGCGAACGCUAAUCUCCUCCAGCAGCAAAAAACUGCCCGAGAGACCCCUACAGCGGCGGUGCACGACACCCCACCACCCCUGCCUAAGAGGAACUACAAUUUGAGUGAGGAUUUCCCUCCGGAGGAUUCGGGGACAGACACGCUGAGGAGCAAUGAUGACGAGGGGUACAACACUUUCAAGAAUGAGGACCGCAGAGAAGAGAACCACUACUCUACAGUAGACGAUAUUAGUCCCAGACCUUCCUCCAUCGCUGUGGAGGAUCCUUAUGCAUUGCGAGUGAAGGAAAAGAUCAAUUUCUUUAACAAUAAAGUGGCCAUUCCGACACAGGAUGUUUGGGUGAAGAUGAACGCUCGGCAGAAGGACAUUCACACAUCUGUGCCUGAUCUGAACCGGAAGGGCCCUGAGGUAGAGGCACCGCUUGCACAGCAGGAGGUAUGACAUGGUGACCUUAUGUAGCUUGUAUGAGGUCAUUUGCAAAACUAACACGGUCCCAGCAGUUUAUAACGCUAUCCGGAUAGAUAUCUAUGCUGCAUUGAAUAACGAAGUGGCGUCCCUAAUACUUACAAAUUUAAGAGGCUGUUUCUCGUAUUUGUUAUGCAACUGUUAAUAUAAAUGGAUUAAUUAUUUUCACAUAAAAGCGUUAUUCUUUAACUUCCAGUAGAGUUUUAAGGAAAACUGUAUAUAGCGGUCACACGGUCAUCUGCCAAGGGUGACCGCUAUACGUAAGUUUCACUGUAUUUAUCCGCUGGAUAGAAAUGCGCUAUCCAGAGUUUGAACAAAGUUUCUUUGCUUUGUCUUAAUCCGUCUUAGAAAAAGUUCUCUGGGUUGGAAAUUCUACUCCCCACCCCCCUGACCACGAGCCGAAACUAUCCUCGUAACCCCGCUGAGUAAAAGGGUCCAGUUACGUGAACAUGAAGUCACUUAACAAACCAACCUUUUUUUGGUCAAAAAGUGGAUGAGUCAGAACGGCGUGUUAUUUCGCCAUAUUGACCACGUUGAGUGAAAGGGUCCAGUUAACGUGAUCGUGUUAUUCUUUCAGGAUGUGAGCGAUCCAGAAUAUGCACAAGUGCAAGACGCUUUAAAAAACAAAUUAAACAUCUCGGACAAGCCACGGCCGACAAUUUACGCUGUGGCUAUCGUGGAGGAGCCCAAUGCAUCGGAUAAAAAACCCAAACAGCACGCAAAAGUCACGCUUAAAAGUUCCUUGAGACUGUCGCAUUCCGCUGAGGAUGUUAGCACGAUCGAGAGGAAAUCCCGGCGAGGUAGGUGAUGACCAAUUUACGUUGGUGGUGAUAUCAAAGCGGUGAAUGAUUUUUGGGGGCACUUCUGCAGCAUGUGAGGAGGAGGAUAAUUUGUAGCCUAAGAAAACAGCCGACAUCUGGCGACGUAACCACUUGUUUCCCCGCUAAAUGACGUCUGAGAAAGGAGCGCAGAAAUUCCAUACUGAUGACGCGUCACUACCCAGAUCUGGGUAGUGCUUCUGAUUGGUCGUGCCGCGUAGGAAAUUUGAUUUAACCAAUCAGAAGCACUACCCAUAUCUGGGUAGUGACGUGUCAUCAGUAUGGAAUUUCUGCGCUCGUUUCUCAGACUUCAUUUGGCGGGGAAACUAGUGGUAGCGCCGCCAAAUGUCGGCUGUUUUCUCAGGGUAGAUAAUUUGAUUCACCCCCAUUCUUCUUGUGGCUCCCCGGCCAAAACGAAAUCACUCGUGAAGUAAGCGCCCUCGCGCGGUAAUCUUACCUACCAUUCUUUCCACGGUUCCAUUGCUAAAGGAAAAGCAGUCUACCCUGCUCCAGCACUAGUAAAAGUUUGGUUGGACUUGAAAAUCCACUGUUUUUUUCUCAGUCGGCGUUAAGAGGAUAAAUGCAAAAAAUUAAAGGAAGAACUGAUUGACUGGCUUAUACCAGUAGGUGGCUUAAGUAAUCACAUCACGGUUUUGUCAACGAAAUUUAACUCAUAAUGCGCAUUUGCGUUAUUAAAAUUCAUCGCGAUUUCUCCAGUUCUUCGAGAACUCCAGUUUUCAAAAACGUCUCAUUAAAAUGUUAUGAUCCAGAGAUGAUUCAGAGUGUGGGUGUAAGGUGGUACCUCACCAGCGCGGGUACUACAUGUAGGUCGCGGAAAAGUUAAGGCUAUGAGGCCAAAAUAGUUUUGUCUUUACAUGAUGUGUUGUUGCUGAUGACGGUCUAAGUAGUGCUUGAUUCUCUUAAGAAGGGUAUUAAGAGCAUCAACUUUGGUUUACAGACACUUAUGGUCGACCAGUUCUCGGUCCAAGACGCGAUAAAAGAGGGGACAGUAAUACUUCAGAUCAAGGGACUGGUGAUGAGGCUACUCUGCCCAGAACAGAAGAGCUGCGACCGGUAAAGAAGAAGUAUGUGAUUCGGCGGUCACGGAGCACGCAACGCAGCCCAGCCAACACGCCUAAGGUACCCACCGAGAUACACAAGAAACAGCUUUUCUCCGGACGGAAAUCAAGUAAGUACAGUGAACAGCUGGGUAUCUUCAUCCGGACCGUAGGGAUAGGUUCAUGAUCUUUAGGUGGCAUGUACUGUAGCUUGUAGUUUACCGCGGUAGGGGCUUGCUCAGUCGGUAGAGUGCUGACCUCCUCAGCGGUAGGUCUUGGAAUCGAUUCCCGGGGCAGGAUCGACUCCCAAGGUCUUGAAGUGAUUGAGAAAUAAAGGUACAUUGUACUAUCGUUUAGCCUGCAAACGGCUAGAUUACAUAGAAAUGACUGAUCUGUAUCCAGAGUGAGUAAGGGACAUAAUAACAGCCUCGUCAAUUACAGUGGAACGAAGUCCUCGGUAUAACGAACGACAUUCUUCGUCCCAGUAAUAGAAAAUAUACGGAAAAGAUACUCAAUUUAAUGAAACCUCGAUAUUGGACCGAAAUUAAUUUUUGGAGGUGAGUUGUGUCCUUAAGGCCCUUAAGAAAAUUGCAAAGUAAUUUUCAGUUGAAGCGAUCAUAUUUCGAUAAAAAGGUGCGGGGAAUGAGUGAUGUAGGUAGAAACUUCAUAUCCUUUGGCUUUGUGUUUACUAAUUUUUAGCCAAGAAAGAAUCUAGGAGGACUGGUACCAUGUCCUCAAGCCAGGAAGAUGAGUCAACCUUGGAAUUCACCAAGGAUAAAAACAAGCACAAAGGACCAUUCAGGGUAGGUACUAGAAGUCAUGAUAGGCUUAACUCUCACCCAAGUCUUUUUUGUCACCACAGUAGGAACUCCCCCGUGAAGUUCGCUUUUAAUUCCCAAUCUUUUGCGUAUCGUUAUUGCAGCCCAAUCACUUGGAUAUUCCUCGGCGAGAAUCAGAUCUCGGGACAGAAGAGGUACGUUCUUUCCUACCGUCAAUCUUCUAUUUAGCCCGUCCCCGGGGGGGUUACUUAUUAUUUUUUUUAAGUCAAGCACGUUUGGGUGGGGGGGGGGGGCUGCUUAUUUCAAAGAGGGGAUUAUUUAAUUAGCGAAGAUAAUACCAAUUCUCCAUAAAAACUAGAACGCAAAGUGGAAAGGCUCUGGCACAAGAAGCUGAAGGUCGUGCAGAAUAUCAUAAAGAAAUCCUAACUUCCAGCACGUGAAUAAAUCAUACCGGAUCAGUCCAUACAGUCUAUCAUUUUAGAAUAAAGGUGUGUGGGGGGGGGAGUCAAAAAGAGAUGGAGGCUAAUUAGCUUUCUAUCCCUGAAAAGCAAUUAAUGGAGUGGGGCUUAUUGGAGAGGAGGGGGUGUACAAGAGGUUUGUCCGACCAAAGUGGUGUCGUGAUUUUAGCCGGAGCUAAAAGCUUUGGGCUUACUUCUCCAACGGACUCGUCUGGAGAUUAGCGAUAGUAGCGCAGAUUGUAAUUGUACACACGUACUCACGUUGUCCUUUCCUCCGUGAAAUUACGGUUUUGUUUAAAUUUUGUAGGAAACAGAAGAUGAUCCUGGUUCACCGUUAGGACACAAAACAAAAAAAUCGGUAAGUUUUGUGGUAUAAUUUUGAAACGGUCUGCAGUACUGGGGACGUCGACGGAUUGGUCAUAUGUGUUGUUACCUGAGUUUCAGGAAUGGAGACGGUAUCCACUUGAUGAUCACGCGUUGUGUAACGAUACGAAACGUCCUAAUAGCAGCGAGGAAAGAAGAGAGACUGCUGUAUUCAUAGGCUAGAAAUGUACCUGUCUAGAGUUUUGAUGCGGAACUCUUGGCAGAUCAUUAAACUGGAUUACAUCGCUAAAUUAAACAAGUUGAUCAGGCUUAAAAGCCUGAUGAACCUGUCAUAGCUUUCACCCGCGGUAGCGCAGAACUUUCAUCCGUAAAAAGGUUAUUUGCACAAUUCCUUAUUGCAGUAGUGGUGCCUACACUGUAGUACCCUUUACGUAAACGUUUCUUAGCUUGAAGUGGUUUUGCAUUUGUUUUAGGCGUGGUCUUCAUCGAAAAAGAAGACACCACGCGAGGAUCGCGAGGCCUUGAAGCAGCGAAAGAAGGAAGAGAAGAAGUCACGCGAAGAGGAAAAACGCCAGAAACGCGAGGAGAAAAAGAAGAGAAAAGAUAAAGAGAAAAUUGACAAGUUUUUCGAAAGCAGACAGAAAAAAGUCACCAAUUUUACGUAUUUCGCUCAGCCGCUGGAAACAAUUUGCGAUACUGAAUCCCAUGUUCCUGUGUUUGUGGACAGGUGCAUCGAUUUUGUGGAAAACGCAGGUAUGCCCCGCUUAUUCUGUUUUAUUUAAUUCCAGUUCUAGCAAGUGACGAUUUUGGAACAGUCAAGAUCAUUGAGGCCGAUGAGGAUCAACAGAAAAUUGCAUCGUUUAGUUUUAAGUCCAUAAAAUCAUAUUCUUUAAUAAAGUAAACACCCGCGUUUAAGAACUACAAGAAUUACAGUAAUAAUUUUGUUUGUAAUUACGAUUAAGGACAGUAUUUUCUUGUAAUAUCAAAGACUAAUUGGCAAUCUCGAAGUCAAACUCCCUGGUUAAAAGAUUUAUCAUAAUUUACCUGUAACCCGAAUAUAACAGGUUCUUAUAUUUUUGGGUAUUUAAGUGCCAAAUUUCUGCCAGCAGGUUCUUAAACGACUAGAUUCCUUUUAGCGGGCGUUCACUGUGUUCAGUAUCAGGCGAAUGAACGUUCAGUCUUCGUCUGUGCUAUCCAGUGCUCAGUUUGCUUUUCCUUCUUUGAUCCGAUGUUUCAGAGGCCUUUGUUCAGUUUUCACCUUAGUUUCAUCCUCUAAUAUAAAGUUAAGGUGUACUCCCGAUCUGCUCCUAGCCUCCUUCGCAGCCGCUCUGGCCAGAGUCACGCAAUGCUUGGGAAGGGAAGCAUUGCGUGACUCUGGCCCGAACGACUGCAAAGGACUCACUAAUCUACUCCAGACGUAAGAGAGUGUGUGUCCACGAAUUCUUUGUGGUCAUCUGAAUCCAUACGAAAAUUGUCAUCAUCCACCUCAUUGCUGCGGCGAUCCAGGUGUUUGCUGGCAAGAGAUUAUGAACUAAAUAGGGCAAUUUUUCUUUUCCUUUUGAAGGAAUGCAAGUUGAGGGAAUUUACAGAGUAAACGGUAAUCAAGCGGACAUUGGCCUCAUCGAGCAAAAAGUGGAAGAAAGUAAGUACAAGACACACUGUAUAAACGGUCCAAUAUACUAUAUAUUAAUUUUACACGAGUAAAAAGGGAGUCCCCGAACUGACUUUGUUACAAUGUGUGCGACAGAAACGAUGAGUCCUCCAGCAGAGAACUUAGAGCGAUUUUCGUAUGACCUUGAAAUGAAAACGCGCGAACAAAACAGAAACGACUAGCGAACGGAAAUAAAGCGAUUUGAUUGGUUUAUCGAACGGAUACAAACGCACCUGGCUUUUGGUUGGUUAAGCGAACGCUCGGCUGAAAAACUUCAUGCCCGAAGAACUUUCUAGAAAUCGCUUUGACGUCAUACUGUAACACGAUUGGUCAAUCGAACAAUGCCUUCUCCAUAUAAGGGUUUUCUUUGGCGGGAAAACGAAGAGUCCAUGUUUUGUUCUUUUCAUCCAUUGGCUGAUAAAACAAAUAACAAACAUUUACCGAAACCAUUUUUCAAGGACAUACGAAAAUCGCUCUAAUGUCAUACUUCGAAAAGGACAAUCGGGUCUAGCCCGAUUGUAGACACACCCUGGAGUUUUCCUUAUUCGUCAAUGACAUUAAUCUAAUUGUACUUCCAUCUCUCUGUAUCAGACCACGGACUUGAGUUGGCCGAGCUGGGGGUCGGAGUUCAUGCAGUAACAGGCGCCUUCAAGUCUUUUUUGAAGUUACUACCCGAACCUGUCAUUCCAAACUCACUUCAGAGUGCCUUACAUGAUGCAAUGGGUGAGUACAGAGAAGUGUUUAUAGACUCGAGCUAUAUUCACAAAAAACCGAAUAGCUUUUGCGCCGGCACAAAAAUUAUACAGGAUAGGGCUUUUGUUCACGCACGAGAACGGUGAUUACGGCGUUAUUUCCGUAACGGAGCGAAAUUGCUCUCCACUUUAGAGAUCGGUGCGACGCAUAACAAUCAACAAACUGAUUUGUUGCAAGAAAGGUCAUUGACUUGUGAGUGGUAACACGCGCCACAUGGCCUCUCGUCUCUUCUUGCAGCAAUGUCGCAAAACAAGUUGCACGUUUUUGUUGUUCGUUUUACCGUACCUUAAUUGUUACAAUGAGUAGCACAGUCAUUUUGAGAGUCAUUUUUCGUCCAAAGUGGUUUUACGUAGACUAGCACAUGUAACAUUUGUUAAUAUCCCAAACCGAGGUAACCUAUUCCAGGCAUCCAGUUAGUGGAGACGGCGCAAAGAAAUAUGAAAAUUUUUAUUCCACCGCUCUUAAUUUCACGCCACUCUCUACUAUCUGAACGCUUGGAACAGGCUAAAACCGAGGGAGAGCGAAGAUUAGCAAAUGCUAGCCUUUGCAAGGAUUCGUUUUCAUUCGGUUGCAACUCUAGAUCUUGUUUGGCCUGAUACCUCUUGCGUUGUGAAAAAGUUUGCAUCGGCUUGAAUUUGUUGCUGCACGUUUUCUUGAGUAGCACGGUACAAUCUUCAAUUUGUGUUCAAACGAGAACCUUAUUUUCUGACUUACCUUUGUAUUUUUCAGUUCAUGUUGAUGCCAAUGACCGUUUAGCUCGACUGAGGCAGAUUCUUCACGAUUUGCCGCCCCAUAACUUGGCUGUGGUGAAGCGCAUCAUGUUUCAUCUUAACCGGUACGUUGCUUUAAUAAGAAAAUCGCAACUGUUGCAGUUAACUGUCGAAUUUUAAUCUCAGGUUUACAUUGGACAAAUAAUGUCCGAACGGUCCACAACAUUGCAUGUAUAAUACUGACAACAAAAAAGCUGUAGCCGAAUAAUCGUCAAAACUCUACCAACGGUUCUAAACGAGCCAGUGAUCAGUACUGCUUUUAAGCAGUCGUUACCGCGUGUUCAAAUGGUCGGCAUUUCCGAGGAUGAUAAACCUUUCAUUUACCAUAUGUGAUUAGCCGGCAAUCUGGUGUACCUUAGCCUGCCGUGGCCACAUUUGGUGCCCAAACACCAGUCCCUGGGUUCCAACACCAAAUGGUGCAGUGUUCACACACUCUGUGUAUCCGAUAUGUAUCUAUUUGUUGUUGUUACGUGAAUACAAGUCACGCCUGGCUACUGGCACAAAAUGGUUCUGUGUUCACUCACUGGGCACUUAAUACUACACGUUUUCAGACGCCAGUUUUUGAGUGAGGUAGUAGUGAGUUAUGGGUGUGCUAUGAAGUGGGUUGCCUCGAAACUAACAAGAAACGCGCACACAGGGAUCCGUUGUGUGCCUCAAUGGAAGCUUUCGUCCUUGUACCGAAUUAUUGCGAGGGUACUUGAAGAAGGAGGGUGUUCAUAUUAGGGCCCAGCGGGUAUCCUAAUCGGGCAUCGAAGCCGGGCACCAAAUGCGCGUAUGGCCUAAAGUCUCCCAAGUUUCGAAUAAUGAAUUACUGUUGGUUUUCAUUUCAGAGUCACGGAAUACUCAAAAGAGAAUCUCAUGGAAGCUAGAAACCUGGCUUUGGUGUUGUUCCCUACAAUAAUUCGGCCGGAUUUCACCCGUUUGGAGAUGUCUAGUCAAAUGUACUUUAUUUUAUUCAUUCAGACGUGUAUAGAAAAAUGCGACUAUCUGUUUUCAACGGACCAAAAUUGAGUCAAGAUUCGUAGGCUGAAGAUAUUAUCGGAUAAAUCUUUGAAUUAAUCUGAGAGGAGAAAAUUCUCAAACUUCAUAUAAUGUACAUGUUAUACAAGCAGUAAUAUUUUUCGAAGCUGCAUGAAGGGACAGCUUGGCGUCAUGUAAAUAGCGUGGAAAUGUCCUCCUUUAAUGGUCAAAAAAGAGACUCCAAGGGAAGCAAUAUUUGUUCAAGGAGCUUUGUUACAAUAACUGGACACUGCUUUUAUUUUCCGUGGAAGAACAGUACAUAUUCUGAGGCCGCCGUCUGGAUCAUUGGGGAAAUUUGCUAGAAGACGUUUUAGAAUUGCAGACUGAUUGCACAAGUGGCGGCCGAAUUCGUGUGAUUUUUAUAAGACGUUGAUUAUACCUUUCAAAACUCAAUCUAAGAAAAGAAUUCUAUGCAAAUCGUACGUGUUGGCGGGACUAUUAGGGCCACGGCGUAUUGUCUUCAAUAAAUAACAACCAAAUAUUCGACCGCCAUUUAUGUAUACAGCACUGAACGUGGUUAAGAAAUUUGAUGACAUUAGAAUAAGGACGUACUUUCGAUGGUUAGCGUACUGUUCGUUGUGCCCUUGUUUGACAGAAAUGAUCUCUCCCGCCAAUUACAGCCUGUUUUGCUAGAAAGAGAUUACUAAACAAGGUUACUAUCAAAAUUAGUUGAAGCUCCCGCAAUCGAGUUACCACGGUGCGUUUUAGUGAAGUUUUGUGGCUUGCGCGCCGUGGAAACGAUGUUGAUUAGGGUCGCAAGGGCUGCACUCAUGUGUUGUACAUUCACAAACAAGUGGCUGUGAAUGUUACACCUCUCGGUGCCUUAAGCUUUCAGGGCUUAGACAGAUCUAAAGGAAAGCUGAAAAGAAAAGAAACCAGCAUAAAAAGGAUAAAGCAAAGGAGUAAUAAGAAGUUUAACAAAUCGACAACAAUUUUCCAUGGUUUUUACUCUUAUCAACCAUGACAAUGUCGUCAAAAUGUUCUAAACUCACUAUCAAGUUUUCCUCGUCCUCCACACCUUGUGGCUUUGCUUUGGUCUUUAUGCGGCCAAAUGGGUAAACCGACGUUACCCAAGCGACUCUUGAUUUCUCCGUUUUCACUCCUUCUCCCCCGACCUCUUUAAAAAAUGCAUUGUCUGUAAAUGCGGCGUACGCGACUCGGUUUAGGCGAAUCAAAGGGAAAAAUACGUAAAACGUUCCUACGGCUUCGUCACGCGUGAUGAAGCCUUUAGAAAGCCUGCGUGGGGGCUAAGAUCCAAUCCACGGCCAGGAAAAAUCGUAUAAUAUAUGGAAAAGAACCUCGAAGUAAAGAAAUUCCUUGGCCCUUUGUUAUAUCGAGGUUCCCCUGUAGUAGUCUACACCUUGCGCUAAUUAUCAGCUACCAGCUUGAUGUAAAAGUAAUUUCCUU